CGCAGUCGAGCAGCAGAAACACAUUUCCCAGUUUCCUUUGCUUAGCUUCUCCAAUUUCACCACGAACGCGCACUCGUCAAAUCACUCGAUCCAUAGUUAACUCGAUUAUAGCUUGCAGAGAGGAUGGACUCUGACAUCUUAGGGCAGAAGCGCUCCAAGAGGGAGGAUUCUCCGUCUCAGACUGUGAGUUCCGAUGAAGAAGGCGGUGGAGUAGGUUCAGCGGGGUAUUCUGUGGCAGCAACGAUAUCCAUUGGAGAAGAUAGUUCAAAAAAACAGUUGGCAGAGACGACCGACUUGCUGAAUAUACCAUCGAACCGCUCAGGGAGCUCCCAGACCGAGGAUUCUCCGCUUCAGACUGAGAUUUUCUAUGGAGAAGGGUCAGCUGGGUGCGGUGAUGCUUCCAUUGCAGCUGGCGGAGGCUCAACCGCAGCUAUUUCCUCCGGAGAAGAAAGUUCGAGAAGACAGUUGACUCAAGUGGUAACAGCACCGGAUCUCUUAAGGACCCCCCUGACAGAUGAUUCCGCAGUUAAGAUUGAGAAUGUAGGCGAUGAAUCACCUGGAGUACGAUCCCCUGGGCGCACAGAUGCUACCAUCGAAGCCGGUCUAAACUCGGUGUGGAUUUCUACCAAGGAACAUAGCUUGAUAAGAGAGGAGAACGCAGGAAUGCUGAAGUUUUUUUGCUUUUCAACCGGUGGUGACAAUGCUUCUGACGUGAUGGAUUGGUUAUCUGAGCUAAAAGCAAUAUUUAGUAAGCAGCUACCCAAGCUUCCAACUGAAUACAUUGAUGGUGUUGUGAUGAAUAGCGACCACAAGACAACAAUGGCUGUUAGGCUAAAUCAAGUCAUUGGUGGGAUUACUUACAGACCACAUAUGAGCCAAAAGUUUGGAGAAAUAGCUUUUUGUGCCAUUGCAGAAGAAAAGAGAUUUAGAGGUUACGGCACAAGACUCAUGACAAAGACUAAGCAGCGUGCAUGCAGUGAAGGUCUCACGCAUUUGUUGACAUAUGCUGAUGAUAAUGCUAUUGAUUACUUUAUCAAACAGGGGUUUACCAAAGAGAUCCACAUGGAGAAGAAUCGAUGACAAGGGCGUAUCCAACAAUACAAUGGAGCAACUCUUAUGGAAUGUGAACUGAGUUCAGAGUAUAUGUUGCAGAAAGAGGUUAGUGUUCCUCAAGAGUUGUUCAAAGCUGAGGAUGCCCGUGGCUCGAACAAAGUUGGAAUUCUUCUUCCUGAUCAUAGUACAGAUACUGAAUAUGAAGGCUUGAAGAUUUCAAAAGAUGCUGCAACAAAUCAGAAAAAUUUAA